AUGGAAGAUAUCGAGGAAACAGAUUUGGAGCAAGAAAAAGAAUUGCAGCCGAAUGAAGGAGAUGAUGCUCAGCAAACAGAUCAUAAGCUGCUGAAACUACCCCUUUCAAGGAUCAAGGCCAUAAUUAAAAUGGAUCCAGAUGUUAGCAUUACAAGUCAUGAGGCUGCAGUUAUUUUAGCCAAGGCUACAGAAUUGUUCAUCAAUGUGGUUUCUAGAGAUGCUUCUAUCAGAACGCUUCAAGCUAAACGCAAGACAUUACUAAAAAAAGAUCUUGAAACAGUGUUAGAGACAAGAGACUGCUAUGCUUUUUUAGAAGGUGCUAUAGACACAUAG